CAUGAACAAAGUAAGGUGUAUGAAUAGUGCUAAAGUCAAAAAGUGUCAACUAAUAAGAAAUUACAACUUGUAUAUAAAAAAAAUGCCGCGUCAAUCACCCAACUUUAUACUUAAAUCCGCAACCGUCCAUCAAAUAUAAGUACAUCUCUUUCAUUCUAAUUUCUCUCUCCAAGUUUUGUUGAAGCUUCAACAUCCUUCCAAUUCCCCUCAUUCAAAGUGAAUCUCCCGCAUUUCACUCACUCCAACACCGAUUCAACUCACCAUGAAUCGGCGACGACUCCGAUUCGCCGCCGUUACAACCACCACCAUCUUCUCCCUCCUAAUCUCUCUCCUCACCUCCACAUUUCCGGUUACCUCCGCCGUUAAUUCCACCUCCGACAACCUCAAUCUCCGCCGUACAUCGCCGCUUAUUCUGCCUCUCUCACUUUCCCGGAAAAUUCCUAGCGCUAAACUCCGGCGUCUUCUUCAAGCUAAACGUGUUCCUAUUAAUGCUCGCAUGAAUCUCUUCGACGAUCUCCUCUCUAAUGGGUAUUAUACGACGAGAUUGUAUAUAGGAACUCCACCGCAAGAAUUUGCGUUGAUUGUAGAUACAGGAAGUACUGUUACUUAUGUUCCUUGUUCUGAUUGUGAUCAAUGUGGAAAUCAUCAGGACCCAAAGUUCCAACCAGAUCUUUCAACCACCUACCAUCCCGUAAAAUGCAAUCCUGAUUGUACAUGUGAUGCUGAGAAUGCUCAGUGUGUUUAUGAGAGACAGUAUGCUGAAAUGAGUUCUAGCAGUGGCGUUCUUGGUGAAGAUAUUGUAUCAUUUGGCAACCAGAGUGAGCUUAAACCCCAACGUGCAGUUUUUGGUUGUGAAAAUGCAGAAACUGGUGACCUGUACAGUCAGCAUGCUGAUGGUAUAAUGGGUUUGGGUCGGGGUGAUCUAAGCAUUGUGGAUCAACUUGUUGAUAAAAGUGUUAUUGGUGAUUCCUUCUCACUUUGUUAUGGCGGGAUGGGUAUUGGUGGUGGUGCUAUGAUUCUUGGCUCUUUGUCACCCCCCUCCGACAUGGUCUUCAGCCAUUCUGACCCUGACCGCAGUCCAUAUUACAAUAUUGAGCUGAAGGAAUUACAUGUUGCUGGGAAGAAGCUGGCUAUUGAUCCGAAGGUUUUUGAUGGUAAACAUGGAACUGUUUUGGAUAGCGGUACAACAUAUGCAUAUCUACCAGAAGCAGCAUUUGUGGCAUUUAAGCGUGCAUUAAUUAGUGAACUCCAUGGCCUUAAGCAAAUUCGUGGACCUGACCCCAAUUAUAAUGAUAUUUGCUUUUCUGGUGCUGGAAGAAAGGUUUCUGAACUAUCAAAGACAUUCCCUGCUGUUGAUAUGGUCUUUGAAAAUGGUCUAAAAUAUUUACUAUCACCGGAAAACUAUUUAUUUAAGCAUUCAAAGGUGCCUGGUGCGUAUUGCCUUGGAGUUUUUCAGAACGGGAAAGAUCCCACAACUCUUUUAGGAGGAAUUGUUGUCCGUAAUACUCUCGUGACAUAUGACCGUGAACACUUGAAAGUUGGAUUUUGGAAGACGAAUUGCUCUGAGUUAUGGGAGGGACUUCGUGUGACUGAUAAUUCACCCACACCCGCACCUGCACCUGCACCUGCCCCAUUAAAUGGGGAGGUUUCCACUCCAGGAUUGUUACCAACACCAGCUUCAGCAUCAGCUCCAGGACCAGCACCUAAGGGAGUGCCAAGUUAUGCUAUUCCAGGAGAGAUAAAAGUUGGAUUCAUUACAUUUGAUAUGUCUUUGAGCAUCAAAGACUCGGACUUGAAACCUCGCAUAUCAGAGCUAUCCGGCUUCAUUGCUCAAGAGUUGGGAGUCAAUACAUUACAAGUUCAUUUACUAAAUUUCACUUCGUCCGGAAAUGGUUCUUUGAUAACAUGGGGAAUCUAUCCGGAAAAAUCUGCCAAGUAUAUAGCAAACACAACUGCAAUGCAUAUUAUUGCCCAUUUAGCAGAACAUAAUGUUCAACUUCCAGAUACCUUUGGCAGUUAUACGCUAGCUAAUUGGAAGGUUGAGCCACCUAUGAAACGGAGUUGGUGGCAUCAACAUUACUUGCUAGUGGUCAUGGCAGUUAUUGUUUCACUGAUGUUGGGUAUAUCUGUUUAUGGGAUUUGGUUCAUUCGGAAAUGGAGGCAGCAAACAACAAUACAAUACAAGCCUGUUGAUAGUGAUACUGUAGUUCCUGAGCAAGAACUCCAGCCAUUGUAAACGAAUAAUGAGUUAUUCUCCCAUUCUUUUACUUCCAAGAUUUUGUUGUUGUAGAGCAAGGUAGAAUACGUACAAGUUUAAUGCCUAAUUAACGAGGGAGCUGUCCUUGAUUAAUGCAAAAUGCCUAGAAGAGAGCUAUUGCCAGUCUCCAUUUUGUAGAUAAAUUCUUAAUCUCUAAUAGUAAUACACUAAUACAUGAUGAAAUCAAUAGUUUACAUUUCUGCUGCUGUUGUUAAA